AAAGAGAAUGACCAUCCAGGACACCCUGCAGCACCCCUGGAUCAAGCCCAAAGACACUCAGCAGGCUCUGAGCAGGAAGGAGUCGGCUGUCAACAUGGAGAAGUUCAAAAAGUUUGCAGCUCGAAGGAAAUGGAAGCAAUCUGUCCGUCUGAUCUCUUUGUGCAACCGGCUGUCUCGCUCCUUCCUGUCCCGCAGCAACAUCAGCGUGGCUCGCAGUGACGAUACACUGGAUGAGGAAGACUCUUUUGUGAUGAAGGCCAUCAUCCACGCCAUAAACGAUGACAACGUUCCUGGUCUGCAGCACCUGCUGGGCUCGUUGAACAGCUACGAUGUGAACCAACCCAACAGGCACGGCACUCCUCCACUGCUGAUAGCAGCUGGCUGUGGAAACAUCCAGAUCAUCCAGGUGUUGAUGAGGAAAGGUGCAGAGAUCCAGGCUAAUGAUAAGACUGGAGCCAACGCUGUGUACUACGCUGCCAGGCAUGGCCACGUGGACACCCUGAGGUUCCUGCAGGACAACAGAUGUCCUCUGGACGUCCAGGAUAAGAGUGGAGAAACAGCUCUUCACGUUGCGGCUCGUUACGGGAACGUGGACGUGGUGAGCUACCUGUGCAGCAUCCGAGCCAACCCGGACCUGCCGGACCGGGAGCAGGAGACCCCUCUGCACUGUGCAGCCUGGCACGGGUACUCUGCUGUGGCCCGGGCGCUGUGCCAGGCAGGGUGCCACGUGGACGCCAAGAACCGCGAGGGUGAGACCCCCCUGCUGACCGCCUCAGCUCGAGGCUUCGUGGACAUCGUGGAGUGUCUGGUGGAGCAUCAAGCUGACCUGGAAGCUGCAGACAAGGAGGACCACACGGCGCUCCACCUGGCGGUGCGCAGGUGUCAGGUGGACGUGGUCCACUGCCUCCUCAGACAUGGCUGCCAGCUGGACCGGCAGGAUCGUCAUGGCAACACGCCGCUCCACAUCGCCUGUAAGGAUGGAAACCUGCCCGUCGUCAUGGCGCUGUGUGGCACCAAGACCAGCCUGGACUUGUCCAACAAGAGUGGCAGGACCCCGCUGCACCUGGCUGCCAGCAGUGGGAGUCUGGAGGUGGUCCGUCACCUCUGCCUGGCUGGAGCCAACAUCGACGCCGUCACACAGGAUGGAAAAACAGCCGAAGAUCUGGCUGCAGCUCAUCAACACGAGCUGAUCGGGACUCUGCUGGGCAAACUGAAGAAGGACAACCACAAGCUGAGCUACAUCCAGCAGCUCCGCCCCACUCAGACCAUCCAGCCCCGGAUCAAACUGAAGCUGUUUGGACACUCAGGCUCAGGGAAGAGCACGCUGCUGGAGUCUCUGAAGUGUGGCAUCCUGCGCAGCUUCUUCAGGAGGAAGAGGACACGUCUGUCCAACACCAGCCGCCACCCCAACUCCCCCGUCAACUCCAAGCCUGCUGUCUCAGUCAGUAUCUCCAACCUGUACCCGGGCUGUGAGAACGUCAGCGUUCGCAGUCGCAGCAUGAUGUUUGAACCCAGCCUGACUAAAGGGGUCCUGGAGGUCUUCUCUCCGGUCCACAGCUCUCUGUCCUCUGCAGACGAUCAGGCCACCAAGGCCAUCGACAUCCAGCAUGCCAGCAUCCACGGUGUCGGGGACUUCAGUAUCUGGGAGUUCUCGGGGAACCCGGUCUACCACUGCACCUACGACUACUUCGCAGCCAAUGACCCCACAGCCAUCCACCUGGUUCUGUUCAGUCUGGAAGAACCGUACGAGACCCAGCUGGGCCACAUCACGUACUGGCUGAACCAGCUGAAGGCCCUGACUCUGCCCCAGGACAACAUCA